UGCUGCAGUUGGUAGUGUGGUGAAGGCAGUUGUAUACUGGUGGCAGGUAUGUCAUCUAAACUGCUGCUGCUACUGCUGCUGACUCUCCAGCUGCUCUGCCUUGUUACCACGCAGCUGACUGACAUGGACACAGUGACGACGCUGGAGGUGCUGGAAGGAAGAGAUACAGUGGUACCGUGUAACAUGGAGGUUCCAUCACUGGUCGAUCACAUCGCCAGGGUGACUUUACUCCACCAGCAUCACAUCUCCAGUAGUGAUCCCUCGCCUCACCAACACGUUCACAACAUGAACAGUCGUUCCUCCAAAAUAAUCUACAG